UUCAUCUAACCACAACCCCAAAAGCUUACCUUUUUCUCCUCCUCAAUCCUAUAAAUUCUUAAUCUAAACCUUACCAUAAGAAGCUAAAAGAUAACCGUGUUUUAUAAACAUUACAUUUCCUCCCCUUCUGUGUCAAGAAAUCCUAUAUAAGGUACUGCUAUUAACUAUUUUUUCCGGUGAUCGCUUCACCGGUAAGUAUCCGGCAAGGGCUUCUUUGAUCGGAAACAUUGGCACCGACCAAAUUACACUUUUGGUGAGAUAAUAUGGAUAUGUCGAACUGGGAGCAGAAGAAUUUGCUAAGUGAGCUGGUUCAUGGGCUGAAGGCGGCAAAGCAUCUCCAAGCUGAGCUCGGAACAGCUUCUUCUCCGCCACCACCAUGGUUGUCUUCUUCUUCCUUAUGUUUGACGACGGAGAUGAGAGAAACCCUCCUACAUCAGAUCGUUUCUUCCUACGAGAAAGCUAUUUUGAUGCUAAACGGUUCCAACGUAGUACACAGUCAGACGGCGGAGAUGGUAAAUCUUGCGGCGAAUCCUGUAGCUAACAACGGUAAAGUUCCAGAAUCUCCGACUUCGAUUAACGGAAGUCCGAGAAGUGAAGAGUUUAUUGAUGUUGGAGGAUCGAAAGAUUACAACUUGAGCUCUAAAAAGAGGAAGAUGUUGCCAAAGUGGACAGAGCAAGUGAGAAUUAGCCCAGAGAGAGGCUUAGAAGGACCUCAUGAGGAUGUCUUCAGCUGGAGAAAAUAUGGCCAGAAGGACAUUUUAGGCGCCAAGUAUCCAAGGAGUUAUUACAGAUGUACAUUUCGUAACACACAGAAUUGUUGGGCCACGAAACAGGUCCAGAGAUCGGACGAUGAUCCUACGAUCUUCGAUUUGACAUACAAAGGAAAACACACUUGCUCACAGGGAAUCCCACCUCGGGAUAAGCCAGACACUACACCAAACACAACACUCAUAAAUUACCAAAAUGACCUUCUCGCCAAUCUCAGGACCAAUCUUUCUGUCCGUACUACCAACGGGAUCGAGAGCGACGGUUUCUCAUUCCCAGUUACGCCACCUUUUUACUCGUACGAGUCCGAUUUCGGCAACGGCGGUGGAACGUUCUGCGACAUGGGAAAUUAUUCUCGUCCGUCGGAUUUUACGGGAUUGAUCUCCACUAAUACCUCUACAGGAAGUUCUCCAAUUUUCGACGUGGAUUUUCAGUUUGAUCCAACGGCCGAGAUUAACACUGGUCUCCACACAUUUCUCCAUGAUUCGGUUUAACUUCAAUUAGGGAUUAAAAUAUUCUUUGAGAUUAUUAAUAUAGUUCAAAAUAAGGAUUAUUACUGUUUGACAAAAGUAAAACAUUUUCAACUAUUUUUAUUACACUAAUGUAUAUCUAAUUUUGUAUCAAAUUUUGGUUUAGUAAUUGAGUAAUUCGGUAACUA